AUGGCCGGUCUCACACCUGAACAGCUGGCUACCUUCCAGGAGAACGGCUUCCUGGUAAUCCCCGACUACCUCAGCUUGUCCGAAGUCGAAUCUCUACUCAAAGAGACCGACACCUUGCUGAACAAUUUCUCUCUCGACUCGCACCCUCUCACCCAAUUCACCACUGGCGACGAUGACACCGCCGACCAUGUGGGCGAUGAAUACUUCUUGUCCUCCGGCGACAAGGUCCGUUUCUUCUUCGAGCCGGAUGCGUUCACCACAGAGCCUGAUCCAAUUACUGGCCGCGCGGCCUUGAUCAAGCCUAAGCAUCUCGCCGUUAAUAAGAUCGGUCACUCACUCCACACCCUCUCUCCGCCUUUCAAAGCCGUCUCGCUGAACGAGCGUAAUGCUUCCGUUGCGCGCUCGCUGGGCUUUACAGACCCGCGCGUCCUGCAGAGCAUGAUCAUCUGCAAACAACCCUCCAUCGGCGGCGCGGUUCCCUCGCACCGCGACUCGGAGUUCCUCUAUACCGAUCCUCCGUCAGCAGUGGGAUGGUGGUACGCACUUCAAGACGCAACUCCAGGCAACGGAACACUAGGAUUCUGGAAAGGAUCACACAAGGGCCGGAAAGGCGGUCAUAUCACGCGACGAUUUGUGAGGAAGGCUGACGAUAAAGGCACGGAGUUCAUUGAGAAUACGGGGCCUGCACUGCCUAAGGGUGCGGACGAGGAGAAGGUUUCUGGACCUACGGAUGAGGAUCUGGAGGUUGUAGAUGUUAAGGCCGGGUCAUUGGUGUUGAUCCAUGGGAAUGUGCUGCAUAAGAGUGAGAAGAACACUAGUUCGCGCAGUCGCUUUGCCUAUACGUUCCAUGUUAUUGAGGGCGCGGAAGGAUGGGAUUACGAUAAGCGGAAUUGGUUGCAGCCGCCGGAUGGUGGGUUUUCAAGGUUGAAUCAAUGA